AGAGCAUUGUUGCUCAAAGUUAGUCCUCUACCCACUUGAUGUACAGCUCCACUGGUGGCUUUUAGUGGCUAAUUAGAGAUAAGAGUCUCUUGGACAUUGGUCUGGCUUUGAACCACAAUUCUCAGAUCUCAGUCUACUGAGUGCUAGGAUGAUAGGCAUGAGCCACUGGUGCCAAGCUCAUAAUCUAUUCUUGUAAAAGGACUUCCACUAGACACUCCAAAUCAUGUUGUGGGAAGUCAAGGGGUGUGCAGACUUCUACCAAGCUGAGGAUGAUUUUCCAAGUCCUCCUCCAUCUCACUCCAUUUUCUCCCCACUAAUGUCUUUGCUUUCUUGUCUUCCAGGUGGCACGUCCUCAAGAUAGUUUUACGUAACCACUUUCAGGAAGAAGGUUUGUGAUGUGGGGAUUGUGACUUUGCUAGAGCAAGCCAUACUCUUUAUAAGGCACAACUAGGUAUUAGGGCCAGGAUGGAGGAGUCAGCACCAGAGGAAGGCCAACUCCCAAGCUCCCACCAGGGCUCUCUGAGGAGGGCUGUGGCUGCUGCCCUGGCCCUUGAUGGGGAAUCCACCAUAGGUCGCAGGAAAAAGAAAAGGAAAGAGUCUCGACCAGAAUCUGUCAUUAUCUACCGGUCAGAUAAUGAGAACAUGGAUGAGGAGCCCGAAGAAUCGGAAGGUGGAGAUCGGCCUAAAGAAGAGGAGGGAGAGGAUUUCCUAGACUGCGCUGUGGAUGAAGGCAUAUGGGACAUGCCUUUGGACAGCCGCUAUGUCACAUUAACUGGAACCAUCACUCGAGGGAAGAAAAAGGGUCAGAUGGUAGACAUCCAUGUCACUUUGACAGAGAAGGAGAUUCAGGAAUUGACCAAGCCCAAGGAGCUGUUAAGGGAAACAGCACCUGAAGGAAGAAAGGCCUGCCAGGUGGGAGCAGACCGAGGGCCCCACGUGGUCCUGUGGACACUUGUCUGCCUGCCUGUGGUCUUCAUCCUCUCUUUCGUUGUCUCUUUCUACUAUGGCACCAUCACCUGGUACAACAUAUUCCUUGUAUACAAUGAGGAAAGAACCUUCUGGCAUAAGAUCUCUUACUGCCCCUGCCUCAUUCUCUUCUACCCAGUGCUCAUCAUGGCUAUGGCCUCGUCCCUGGGUAUCUAUGCUGCUGUGGUCCAGCUCUCCUGGUCCUGGGAGGCAUGGUGGCAAGCUGCUAGGGACAUGGAAAAAGGCUUCUGUGGUUGGCUCUGCAGCAAGCUCGGUCUAGAGGAUUGUUCUCCUUACAGCAUUGUGGAGCUGCUUGAAUCAGACACUAUCUCAGCCAGUCUCUCUAACAAAGACCCUACCCAGGAAGUAGAAACCUCCACUGUCUAAACUGCCAACAGCUGACUUGCUUCUCUGGCCCCAGUAGUCAUCAUCUUACAAUUCCAGCAGGUUCUUUCUUUAAAUCAUCUUCUGCCUGCUAUAGAUCUGGACGAUCUUAGCCGAUACUGGCUGGCUGGCUUUCUUGGUGGAUCCAAGAAGGGAGGGAGUAGAAAACCAAGUGUGACAAAUUAGUCCUUCCAAUGGACACACUCUUCUUGGCUCUUUUCCUUACAAUGACAAUUUAUUUGGGAUGGGAAGUUUAAUGGUGUUAUUGGUGCCUAUAACCCAGGGAAAUACGUGAUUAAAUGUGACAGAGAAAAUAAAGAAACUCAGGGGUGACAAAGUCCAUGGAGAAGGUAGUGAUGGAGUAACACAUUUAACGAACUGGGCUAUAGUAUGUUGUAGCAGAAACUAAAGAUAUGUAAGAAUCAUUUAGAUUUAGAUUGAACUGCACAAAAUUAAAGCCACAAGACGGAAGUUUCUUUCUUAGAUAGAAGUGAGAGGCAGACCAUCCUGGGACUCUGUGAAGUCACCUGGGUCCCAGGUUUCUGCAUGGUGAGAUAUGGUUCUUGUUUUUAAUGUCCCAAUAAUGAGUAUAUCUUCAGCCACCAUAUCCAAGUGAAACAAAAACAAUAACAAAAAGGGCAAAGGAGACAACUCUUCCUGUUUAAGGAAAUUUCCCUGAAGUUUCCCCCUCAAUAUGACUUAUACGUCAUAGGCUAAACCUUAGUCAUAUGAUCUCACAACAAAAAAAAUGCUGGAGGAAUGUAGUCUUUAGUUUGAGUGAAAUUCUCAGUGAAAUACUGGGAAUAGUUCUAAUUGGAGAGAAAAGGGAAGAAUGGAAAUUUUGGUAGGCAAGUAAGAAUUUCUGCCUUACAAUAAUUAAUGAUACUUGAAAUCCCAAAUCGUUAACACAAUAUUUAUCUGUUUGUGUAUUUAUUUAGGUUUGAAUAUUAAAUAGUGAGAUUAUUCACAGACCUGAACUAUAUAUAGUCUACUCAUAUGCUAGAUAAUAUCUUUUCAUAUACUUUUCAAUCAAACUUCUGUAAUGUCCUCUGGUUUCAAGUUUCUUGGAAGAAACAGUGGGUACAAGAGGAUAAUUAUCCAACCAUAGUAUAACUUUUCUUGGCAGUGAAAGUAGAAGAGGAGUUGCUGAUAUUUAAUCUGUAGAUUAAAGAAUGGGAAGAGAAAGAUUGCAUAUGCCAAAUAUUCACCCAGCAGGAAUUAGUAGCCCUAAACACAAGCCAGAUUUUAUCCUUUUGUGGUUUGGCAAAAUUUCACUGAAGAGUCUUACUCAGAACCUUCUAGAUUACUGAUAAACAGGGCCUUUUACGUGCUGAAAAACUUGACUUCCUGGAAUAGGAGGUACACCAGAUUUUCCUUUUAAAGAUUUUGAAUGUUAAAAAUUUCAUCCCUGGGCUGGGAAUAUGGCCUAGUGGUGGAGUGCUUGCCUCAUAUACAUGAAGCCCUGGUUCAAUUCCUCAGCACCACAUAUAUAGAAAAGG